AUGAAAUCUCUCUUUAUCUGUCAGCUGUUACUUCUGUAUGGGACAGCUGUGGGCCUGGUAAGAGAAUACAUUUAUGUUUCACAGCAGAUGAACUGGACCACAGCUCAGGCCUACUGCAGGUAUCUCUAUAGGGAUAUAGCUAGCAUCACUACUGAAGAGGAAAACCAGAGAGCUGUGAACAUUACAGAAGACAACACUAUUCUCACAUGGAUUGGGCUAAAGAGAACUGAACCACUUGCAGAUACCUGGCAGUGGUCUGGUCAAGAAGAGCCUAAUUUCUUAAACUGGAGAGACAGCGAGCCAAAUGGUAAGAAUCAAGAUGAGAAUUGUGCUGCUAUUAAUGCAUAUGGCUGGAUUGAUGAUAAAUGUUGGAUAAAUCGCCCUUCAAUUUGCAACAGAAGGUUCACAUUGGUAAAGGAGAAUAAAACAUGGGAGGAGGCUUUUAAGUAUUGCAGGAGUCACUACUAUUAUCUGGCCAUUGUGGAUUCACAAACACUGCUAGACCUGCUUAAAACAGAGACCAAACAAGCCGAAACAGCCAGUGUGUGGACAGGCCUGCGCUUCCUCGAUGGAAAAUGGUUCUGGGUGGACGGAAUGCCAGUGCGAAGCCUGGUAUCAAUGCCUCAAUGCCCAUCCCGGCCCUACCACUGUGGUGCCUUCAACUUCAACACGUACACCUGGGAGAACAGAUACUGCAAUGAGAAGCUUAAUUUUCUCUGCUAUUACUGA